AUGCAUCACAAUGAGUACAACUGGUAUUCUACAAGUAAGUACUCGACUGUAAUCAACCCGCUCAUAAAUAUUUUUUCAGACACUACAAAUCGUUUUCAGCGAAUGAUCGUGAGAGAGCGACCCUAUCCACAACAAUAUUCAGACGAAGGACGGUACCCGUUGGGAAGAACCACUGACCCAGAAAGUUUGAAAAUGAGAAGUCAGCUCACGACGCCGCUGCAAGAAAAAACAUUACAAAAGUGGGCUGCUCAUCAGAAGGAAAUGGCAGAUCAAUGCUUAUUGAGAAAACGGCAAUUAGGAUUGCGACAUGAAGAUUCGGAUCCAAGUUGGAGAACCUACCCUGAAAAGAGAACUACUUAUGAGGAAGAUGAUCAUGAAACGCAAGGCGGAAGCGAUGCAUCACAACCAUCGUGGAAUGAAUACGACAGAAGUAAAUAUGUCCUGAAUCGGAAAGUGAAUCCGCCGUCGGUCACCCAUUCUCACUCAUCCCCUCACUCGACUGCAGAUAGUGAUCAGAUCUUCGUUGAUGGUGAAAAAGUUGAAAAUAAUUUAAAAGUUGGUAUCUUUAAAAUUUCAGAUAGUCAGCCAUCCACGACUCAAAUGAGAUGGGUUGUAUCUGGAAAAGAGAACAACGACAAACAUGUGUCAUCUUCCGACAACAACACAAGUAAUUCUUCAGAAACCACUGCUUCAUCGCCUGAUAGACCUCUGCGGAAGUCGGUAUCCGUAACAACUGACAGAGGCCCGACCCUCAUCGUGACUGUGCCUUCCGUUUCCGAAAAUGGAGUUGAAGAAUGCAUUCUCAACAAGUAUGGGCACUGCUUUGCCCCCACGAUUUGUCCCUUUUCCCACAAUGGAUCAGUAAAAAGUACUAAAGGAAAGAAAAUCACGGCGCCUAGUUGGCCACUGAAGCUACCGGAUACAAACAUCUGCUCCGGCUAUCUCAACUUUCAAUGCUGGGAUUAUAACUGUGAAAAACGGCAUGUGGUGUACCCAUCCGAUAACGUUGACUCUCAAUAA